AUGAGAAACCACACAACAAUAACAACAUUCAUCCUUCUGGGACUAACAGAAGAUCCUCAACUGCAGGUUCUGCUUUUUAUUUUUCUACUAACCACCUACAUGUUGACUGUAACUGGAAAUCUGACCAUCAUUACACUCACAUUACUGGAUCCUCACCUUAAAACACCCAUGUAUUUCUUCCUUCAAAGUUUCUCUUUUCUAGAAAUCUCAUUUACAACGGCCUGUGUUCCAAGAUUCCUGUACAGCAUAUCAACUGGAGACAGAAAAAUUACCUAUAAUGCAUGCUCCAUUCAACUAUUUUUUACAGGUCUCUUUGCAGUAACUGAAUUUUUUAUUUUGGCCACCAUGUCUUAUGAUCAUUAUGUGGCCAUCUGCAAACCCUUGCAUUAUAUGAUAAUGAUGAGCAGCAAAGUAUGCAAAACAAUGGUCAUCAGCUGUUGGAUGGUAGCAUUUAUGUUUAUCCUCCCACCAUUUAGCUUAAUUUUAAAUCUGGAAUUCUGUGACUCUAACAUCAUUGAUCAUUUUGGCUGUGAUGCACCUCCUAUCCUGAAAAUCUCAUGUUCAGAUACAUGGUUAAUUGAGCACAUGCUUAUAGCUUGUGCUGUAUUGACAUUCAUCAUCACUCUUGUAUGUGUAGUUCUCUCCUACUUACAUAUCAUGAAGACAAUUCUAAGAUUUCCUUCUGUUCAACAAAGGAAAAAGGCCUUUUCCACCUGUUCUUCCCACAUGAUCGUAGUUUCCAUUACCUAUGGCAGCUGCAUCUUCAUCUACAUCAAACCUUCUGCAAAAGAAAAGGUAGAGGUAAAUAAAGGUGUGUCAGUGCUCAUUUCAUCCAUAUCACCGAUGUUGAAUCCUUUCAUAUAUACCUUGAGGAAUAAGCAAGUUAAAAAAGCCUUUAAAAACUCACUCAAAAAAAUUGUAUUCCUCUCAAAGAAGUAA